UUAGCUUCAGGAGUGUCUCCAGGAAAAUGAGCUCAAAUUUAUCGAUGCUGAAGAAAACGAGGCGUACUCCGUUGCAGGGGCCCCUGCAGGAGCCAGGGGGCAGACAAAAGGUGCCUUUCAGGAGGAAUCUGUUAAAAGAGCUUCAGGCAGGAUUGGCUGAUGAUGACAAACCCUCUGAUCCACAUCCUCCUCUGAGCCCUGACACUCCAACCAAUCAUGCCUCCACCUCAAAGUCAAAAGCUCCAUUAAAGAAAGGUGCUCAACCAAGCAGCUUUGAUCUGAUGUCUGCCAUGAUGCAGCGGGUGACCCUGCUGGAGAAAACAGUGCGGAGUCAAGCACAGGAGAUCGAGCGCAAGGAUAAAAUGAUCUCAGCUUUGGAGGACAAACUGAGGACAGAAUCAGCAAGCACACAUGAUCUGGGUGGCAGAGAUGAUCUUGAAAGAAGGUGCCAACAACUGCAGAAUCAGGUGUAUGAGAUGGAGGGCUUUCUGAGUGACUACGGUUUGCUCUGGGUUGGAGAUGGCGAGAGUGGUGCCUCGGCUGAAAGUGAGCAGCCACGUGACAGAGAGAGGGGCCUCAGGCAGCCAGACGCCUCUGUGGCCAGGAGCUUCCACAUGAACUUUGACCUCGUGCUGCAGAGGAUCAGGGAGCUGAACAUCCUCGCGGGGGACAGCGAGUGCUUUGUGCGAUCGACAGCCACGGGGGCGCGGUUGGCAAAGAAGCAUCCCAUUCACCUGAGCCUCUACAGCAACGGGAUUGUCAUGUUUGAUGGUCCUUUCCGCUCUUAUCAGGAGCAAAGCACCCAGCAGUGCAUGCAAGAUCUGAUGGACGGGUAUUUUCCAUCUGAGCUGCAAGACAGAUUUCCAGAUGGUGUUCCUUUUGAGGUUUGUGACAGGCGAGGCGAGGAGUUCAUCGUUAGGAUACCGUGGAAUAAAUUCCCUGGUGAAGGGCAGACUGUUCGUGGACAGAAAGCCGAAUAUUCAAAUGGCCUGAGCACGGAACGGUUCCUGAACAGGUUACCGAAGCUGGUGGUAAAGGCUGGCCGUGUGAUUGAUAUCAGGGACUCGCUGAGGGCUGCCCUGCAGGGUUCAUCUGGUACCCAGAGCAGCAACUCAGUGAUCCUCAUAGACACACCAGCGCAGCAAGAGCUGAAAGAGAGACAGCAGACGUUCAGCCCUGACCGGCCUGCGUCUGCCCAGGAUGUUAUCACACUCAAGGUGAAGUCAGAAGACGGGAAUCGUACUUUCAUUUUGAAAAUGUGCUCAUCAGAAACGAUCGGCCACAUGCGGCAGUAUCUGGACAAACAUAGAGGCGGUGGUCUCCCUGGUUAUGACAUCAUCAGUGCGUACCCACAGUGCUGCUAUGACGACAGCUGCCAGACGCUCCAAUCAUGUGGACUCACGACUGACACUACUCUGCGGCUGCGAAAGAGGCUGAAUGAGGUCAAUAAAUGAC